AAGAGCGAAGGAGCGCUCACGGGCCAAUCGCUCCCCAGCAGCCAGGCGGACCAGGCGCCCCCUCACCCUCCACGCCUCUGGGAGCAGCGGAGGGGCAGAGGCUGAGCGCUCCCGGGCACCGUGAAGAUCUGCUCCAUAGAAGACUCCCCGGGCUCCAGGCGGACUCUCUGAAAAGCUCUGGCGGACAGCCGGGCUGGCUCCGCCAAGGCACGCCCCUAGCCUCCUGGGAGCCCGGACUCACCCGGGUGCCCAAACCCCGCCCAUCCUCGCGGGGAGCCGCCUGCCCCCAGCACUCCCCGGAGCAGGGCCUUGAGGAGGGGCCCUGAGCUGCACUGAGGGUGAACACUACGCGAUCCAGAGGCGCGCGGGUCUGCAGUAACGCGCGCUCCGAUGGCCCCCAGAGGCUGAGCGAGCGCAGGGACCGAGAAGGAAGCAGCGCGGGCCCCCUGAAAAGAGCUGCUUGCUUUCAAGGUAGGGAGAAAGAAGAUGCCCAAAGGAAGUUGAUCUUUGGGGAAAGCAGGCUGGGGAGUGCCUUCCCCAUGCCGGAACGCAGUACUGCGAGUUGGGCUCUACCUCCUCGCUGAACCCCCAGCACGGUCUCCGCUCUCCCGUGAGGACCCGCGAGCCCUCGGGAAAGCGCAGUCGGAAAGUUGUCGGUGGCCGUGUCUUGUGCGCCCGGUGGUGGUAACCUCGGCACUGACCAGCCGGACGGGGAAGUUGCUGGCCCGGCAGCCAGCCCGGCUUGGUCGCGCCCCGAGCAGGUUUCAUGGCCCGCGGCGAACGCGGGGCUGGAGCCGGUGUGGGUGAGCCCGUGCGUGUCCCCUCCGGUGGGGCUCCCAGGCGCCCGCUCCCUUCCGCUCCCUCGCUUUUCCGAUGCUCGGCGCGCCCUUCACCGCUGCCGCCCUCUCGCCGCUACUUGCCCCUAGGAGCCGCCGCGUAAGUCGGGGAAGGAGAGAAUGACCGAGGUGCUGUGGCCGGCUGUCCCCAAUGGGACGGACGCUACCUUCCUGGCCGGCCAGGGUUUGCCCUGGAGGAACAGCACCGCAGCCUCCACCGCUGCUGUCGCGGCAGCCUCGUUCGCAUGCUCGCUGACCAAGACGGGCUUCCAGUUCUACUACCUGCCGGCUGUCUACAUCUUGGUGUUCCUUAUCGGCUUCUUGGGCAACAGCGUGGCGAUCUGGAUGUUCGUCUUCCACAUGAAGCCGUGGAGCGGCAUCUCCGUGUACAUGUUCAACUUGGCCCUGGCCGACUUCUUGUACGUGCUGACUCUGCCCGCGCUCAUCUUCUACUACUUCAAUAAGACGGACUGGAUCUUUGGGGAUGCCAUGUGCAAGCUGCAGAGGUUCAUCUUCCAUGUGAACCUCUACGGCAGCAUCCUGUUCCUAACCUGCAUCAGCGCGCACCGGUACAGCGGCGUGGUGUACCCGCUCAAGUCUCUGGGCCGGCUCAAGAAGAAGAACGCGGUCUAUAUCAGCGUGCUGGUGUGGCUCAUCGUGGUGGUGGGCAUCUCCCCCAUCUUCUUCUACUCAGGCACCCAGGUCCGGAAAAACAAAACCGUCACCUGCUACGACACCACCUCCGACGAGUACCUGCGGAGUUAUUUCAUCUACAGCAUGUGCACAACCGUGGCCAUGUUCUGUGUCCCCUUGGUAUUGAUUCUGGGCUGUUACGGAUUAAUUGUGAGGGCUUUGAUCUACAACGAUUUGGACAACUCACCUCUGAGGAGGAAAUCCAUUUACCUGGUGAUUAUUGUACUGACUGUCUUCGCUGUCUCUUACAUCCCUUUCCAUGUGAUGAAAACGAUGAAUUUGAGGGCCCGCCUGGAUUUUCAGACCCCGGAAAUGUGUGCUUUCAAUGACAGGGUUUAUGCCACUUAUCAGGUGACAAGAGGUCUAGCAAGUCUCAACAGUUGUGUGGACCCCAUUCUCUAUUUCUUGGCAGGAGAUACUUUCAGGAGGAGACUCUCCAGAGCCACUAGGAAAGCUUCCAGAAGAAGUGAGGCGAAUUUGCAAUCCAAGAGUGAAGACAUGACCCUGAAUAUUUUAUCUGAGUUCAAGCAGAAUGGAGAUACAAGCUUGUGAGGAUGCAAGAAUCACCGAACACCCGCUUUUGUAACAUGGUCUCAGGAUGCCAGCCUGGUUUACCAUACAUGUUACAUACAUUGUGUUUCAGCUCCCAGAGAACUUUCUUUUGGACUGUGGACCAGUGAAGUGGACAGUGCCUAGAAAUGCCCUUUUACUUCUUGGCAUGUUUCUUCCCAGUGUUUCUUCUUCAUACGUCAUGUAGUGGACAAUGACAAUGUGUGAAUACAUGCCAAAUAGUAACAAGAAUGAUCUUGCCCAACUCCUUCUAGGCACAAAGAGGUCUCCAGGAAGAGUCUGUGCUAAUGGUAAAAACACAGAGGGUCAAGAUGAAGCAGUGAUCUACUGGCUGGAAAUCUGAUGACAUGUGAUGAUGUAAGUAGGUAUUUUAAUAGUAAAAGCAGAAAUCUGUUGGCAUUUUGAUGAAAAAACUGCUAAAAUUAUAGAACUUAUCAGUUAACUAAAUUUCACACUACAAAACGAUUCUUAUGCCAAGUUUAAGGUAUUUUUGGCUCACCAAUUGGUGUCUUUGACUCUUUAAACUCACUAUGCAUUUGCAUGGAAAUGAUAUAAACACAAACCAAGAAGCCAUACAGCAGAGAGUAGGAUUCAGCAUUAAAAACACGACCUUGCCACUUGGCCAACUGUGGAACUCUGGACUCUUUCAACACCACUCUCCAUGGAUUAAAAAGGUUAGAUGACCUCAGGGGAUGUGGUAGAACAUUAAAACUACAGCCAGCCAGAGGUGCAUGAAAUCUGCUACUGUACUUUCCAGGACUCUUCCAUUGCAGUCCUGGGCUAGAAAUUCUCACAGAGUUCACCAAUUAUGAUUUGGAUCUAUGACCUGUAAGUUUUCUCAAUCUACUUGGACAGUACAGUAAACUGCUUUUGGAUACAAGAGAGGUCUGUGCUUAUAACAGCUGGAAUUGGACUAGGGAAAAUGAAGAUAUGUACGUAGUUAGGGAUCUCCUGAAGCUUUAACUUAGCUGGUCAAUUUACAACUAACAAUCAUAUUUAUUGAUGAAGCUCACAGUUCUUCAGUUGUACAGAUUAAAAGGCUUUCUUGAAAGAUCAAAUAUGCUGAUGUAAAUUAUAUUUAUUACAAUGUAUGUCACACUAGUGUAUUUUAUGUAAUGUGAUGCAUAGAUAAAAUGAGUUAUUGUAUAUUUUGCUUUUCAAAUACCAGUAUCUUGAAAUGUUUGAAGAUUUUUUUGAUCUAAAAUAUGAAUGUUUUGUGAUACAGGUGGUUAAUUUUCUCUAGAAGUGCUUUUGCAUGUUUACCUUUUUACUUAGGGUUCUCUAUACAGACACACUGUGGUAUCAAACUAUCAUAAGCUCAAUAGUAAAUACAAAAUAUCUUUGCCAGGCUAGGUCUGUGUUGUCUAUAUUUUAUAUGACAUAGAAAAGUUUAUAUUGUCUUUUCAAGACCUUUAGAAUUGUGCCCCCAAAUAUGGUUGAAACUUCCAAUUCCAUUGCAAAAGGUUGUCCUAAAUUCAAGGUAGAUCCCUUACAUUUUAGAAGUCAGAAGGGAUGGGCAUUAUAGAUAGAUUUAGAAUUUGAGGAAAAACUAGGGGGGAUGGGGGAGAGAGAAAAGAGGCAGCUGAGGGCGCCUGGGUGGCUCAGUUGGUUAAGCGACUGCCUUCGGCUCAGGUCAUGAUCCUGGAGUCCCAGGAUCGAGUCCCGCAUCGGACUCCCUGCUCGGCAGGGAGUCUGCUUCUCCCUCUGACCCUCCUCCCUCUCAUGCUCUCUGUAUCUCAUUCUGUCUGUCUCAAAUAAAUAAAAUCUUAAAAAAAAAAAAAAGAGGCAGCUGAUACAAUCCCUUACUGUCCUCAGUUCUGCUUACAUUUUUGUGUUGUAGUUCUUCUUAAGGUGAAAGAAUAUAAUCUUGAGUUCUUUGAGAUGUAGUUUCUAAGUAACAUGCUACCAGCAAGUUCAACACUGCUAUUUUAAUGUUCUUGUUGUUCAGUUGGUAACUUUAAAGUUUUAUAGUGAUAACUGUAAAUGAUUUGGCUGCUGAACUCUGUUACAAUUUUUAUUAUGUCAUACAUUGUAUUAUACACAUCAUUACAAAUUAAUAUGAAGGGGAAUAUGUUACAUAUCAAAAUUUGUGACUUUGAAUUCUAGUAUGUUUAGUGUUUUUGCAAAAAUGUUUAUUUUUAUAUUGUGAUUUUAAUAUAGUUGAACUAGAUUUCUUUGUGAUUAACAGUUUCAUUGAAUGAACACUAUGGAAACAGUGUUACUUGACAUUUUGAGCCUUCUCAGGUUUAUCUAAAUCAUUGGUAGCUUAAAUUCCAGACUUAUUGUACGUAAUUGUUUUUAAUAAAAGGAAUGUGUAUUUCCUCUAAGUUUGCAUGCAGGAGUGUACAAUAUCAUGUGUUUGUAUGUGUGUGUGUGUCUAAGGCAUGUGGCCAACUUACUAUCUGCUAUUUAUAAUAGGAGAGCUUUGAUAUGAUCAUGAUCAUCAGAAUUGUACCUACUAUAGACAAAUGAAAAAGUCUCAAUAAAACUAUGAAAUGUGA